AAGAACAUACUUGCAACCACCGGCAGCAAAUAGAGAGACUUCGUCGGGUAUCACCCAAAUAGCUCGAAAGCUAAUAUGAAGGUCCUGGCCGUUACCCUGAUCGUCAUUCUUCUCGCUGGCCUCGUCUUCACUGUAGCUGCUCAGGACGGCGAAAGUGAAGGGGAUGUGGCACACGUCAGAGUUCGCCGGGGAUUUGGCUGCCCGUUCAAUCAGGGCGCCUGUCACCGUCACUGCCGUAGCAUUCGACGCCGUGGAGGCUACUGCGCCGGCAUCAUCAAGCAGACGUGCACCUGCUACCGCAAAUAGGCUCACUGUUCAGCCAGCCACGACUCCCGCUACUUCUUCCCAGAGUCCAAUCGAAAGUUCUUAUAGGCCGGAAGCAUUUCGAUGCACUUGCUAAACUGUGCACGACAAAAUAGCGUCUUCCAAAUUAUGUUUAUCGUGCAUAACUGUAGUAUCUCCCCCACAGUUUUGAACGAGAGAUAUGCCGACUGGUCGCCCUCGCUUCGAUAAAAAUAAAGCAUAUUCUUAU